GUCAGUCGUUCAAAAGAUGUCUUGUGCAUCGUUUCUCAGUUUAUUUUAAAGAUAUUGUAUACCUAUAGAAGUAUUACAAUAAACAUAAAAUUUUGGGCAAAAUAUUUUUCUGCGUUUUGCAAAUAAUUCUAGCUGUAUGAUUAAUUGUGGAAAUAUUGUGGAAAAAUUUAAAUGAAGUUCAGAUAUUAAUAAGAGGGAUAACGUGAAAUAAAAAAAUGCGCGUCUUGCAAUUAACUUUCAAGAUUCUGACGAUCGUUGGAUGCUGGCGGCCGCAGUCAUGUUCGUCGUUUUACUUGAGCAUAAUAUACGACAUAUACACGGUUUUUAUGAUUAUAUUAUUGUACACAUUUUUGGUAUCGCAAUUUUUGGACAUUAUUUGGAAUGUUGACAAUGCUGAAGAUUUCACGGAAAAUUUUUAUGCCACUCUGGCAUCAGUUGUUUCAUGCUCUAAAAUGUUCAGUUUGUUAGUAAAUCGAAAGAACAUUAACAUGUUAACCAAUGUACUCGUCGAGAGACCGUACAAACCAUCGGAGAUGGAUGAAAUGAGAAUUCGAUACAAAUUUGAUAGACACAUAUAUACAAACACGCUCUGCUACACGAUUUUGGUGGAAACAACUUGCGCGUGUAUCACCGUGACGUCUUUAUUUACGGUGUUUAAAAAAGGAAAUCUAACAUAUAGAGCAUGGCUACCGUAUGACUAUUACUCGUCCACCAUCGUAUUUUGUCUCACUUAUAUUCAUCAACUUAUCAGUCUGACAGCUGGAUCGCUGGUCAAUGUAGCAUGUGACAGUCUUAUUUGCGGAUUGUUGGCGCACAUUUGUUGUCAGAUCGAGAUUUUAGAAUGCCGAUUGAGCAAAGUAUCGAAUAAUCAUGAGACUCUUCGCGACUGUGUACGUCACCACAACAGUAUAUUGGAGUUUGCAUUUAAAUUAAACAAUAAAUUCAGAAUGACUAUAGCCAUGCAAUUUGUAGUGAGUACGUUGGUGGUAUGUUCCAAUUUAUAUCAAAUGACUAAAUCAACAGAUAUAAACGCAAGCUAUCUUCCCUUACUACUGUAUAUGUCCUGCAUGUUGACACAAAUUUUCAUCUAUUGUUGGUACGGAAAUGAAGUAAAGUUAAAGAGCACUCAAUUGCUUACCAAUAUUUUCGCAAUGGAUUGGGUAACAAUGGAUAGAAGUCUUAAAAGAAACUUAUUAUUAAUUAUGAAUCGUGCAGUAGUACCAAUAGAAUUUACCAGCGCUUACGUUUUGUCAAUGAAUCUCGAUUCUUUUGUUGGGUUGCUUAAGACAUCAUAUUCAGCUUAUAACAUAUUAAAACAAGUGUAGGAGUCAUGAGUGAAAGAUAGAAAGAAAAUUUCAAUUACUAAAAUGUUUUCCAACAUACUUUGUUAAUAGAUAUAUGUAGAAGUUUGCAACAUAGUAUUAUAUCUGUGAAUAAAUAAAUAGUAAUUGCUUA